AUGAAUCUAUGGUACGUACAAGGACAUUUGUGCGUGAGCAUAAUUACAUGUGAGAGGAUCCUGACGGCGGGGACGUGGAAGGUGAAGCUCAAGGAGUCGCAGGAGAAGGUGUGCAACAAGGGGUGGGAGUGCUCCGGGACCAAGUACUGCUGCAACCAGACCAUCACCGACUUCUUCAAGGUGUACAAGUUCGAGAACCUCUUCGCCAAGCGCAACUUCCCCGUCGCCAAGGCCGUCGGCUUCUGGGACUACCAGGCCAUCAUCACCGCCGCCUCCCUCUUCGAGAACCAGGGCUUCUACACCACCGGCGGCAUCGACAUGCAGAUGAUGGAGCUCUGCGCCUUUCUCGGACACGUCGACGCAAAGACCUCAUCAGGACGGCCGCACCUCCACGACUUCCUCCCCCACGCCCUCCUUGAGCACAAGAACGCACAAGCUGCGCUACUCAUGGCGCGCGAGCUGCUUUGCUACCGCUCGGCGAACAUCCUCUAUGACGCCUGGCUUGUCCAUGUCACCGUGCUCGUCAUGGCCGGUGGAGAGGCCCCGACACCCUCCCGCUCGCUUUGCCCUCAUCUGUCUUACGCUGGGGACGUGGCCUAUUGA